GUCCUGUUUGCCGCUGGUUUGUUAUUGAUAGAAAUCUGGUUCGCUUUCUUGGUCUACAAAAAUGUCCAUUGAAAUUGAAUCCGCGGACGUUAUUCGUCUGAUUCAACAGUAUCUGAAAGAGUCGAACCUUCACAAAACGCUGCAAACGCUGCAGGAAGAGACGGGUGUUUCGUUGAAUACGGUGGACAGUGUUGAGGGAUUUGUUUCGGACAUACAUAAUGGCCACUGGGAUACCGUGUUGAAAGCCAUCCAGUCCUUGAAACUACCGGAUAAAAAGCUGGUCGACCUGUACGAGCAAAUUGUGCUGGAGCUAAUAGAGCUGCGGGAACUCGGAGCGGCCCGUUCGCUUCUGCGCCAGACGGAUCCCAUGAUCAUGCUGAAACAACAGGAAGCCGAACGAUACAUCCACCUGGAGAAUAUGCUACAGCGGGCAUACUUUGACCCAAGAGAAGCGUAUCCAGAGGGUUCAAGUAAAGAAAAACGGCGCGCCGCUAUAGCAACGGCGCUGGCCGGUGAAGUUUCCGUCGUACCAUCUUCCAGGCUGUUGGCGCUGUUAGGGCAGGCGCUGAAAUGGCAGCAACACCAGGGUUUGUUACCACCCGGAACAACUAUCGAUUUGUUCCGUGGUAAAGCGGCCAUCCGUGACCAGGAGGAUGAAUCGUAUCCAACGCAACUCGCGCGCCAGAUCAAAUUCGGCCAAAAGUCGCACGUCGAGUGUGCCAUGUUUUCACCGGACGGACAGUACCUCGUGACCGGUAGUGUGGAUGGUUUCAUCGAGGUGUGGAACUUCACGACCGGAAAGAUACGUAAGGAUUUGAAGUAUCAGGCGCAGGACAACUUUAUGAUGAUGGAGCAAGCCAUCCUUUCGAUGGCAUUCUCGCGUGACUCAGAAAUGCUUGCCACCGGGUCCAACGAUGGUCAGAUUAAGGUGUGGAAGCUGAUUACGGGCCAAUGUUUACGGAGGUUCGAAAAAGCCCACUCCAAAGGUGUAACCUGUCUUCACUUUUCCCGCGACAACAGCCAAAUAUUGACGGCUUCGUUCGACCACCUUAUACGGUUAUACGGUUUAAAGUCCGGCAAAAUGUUGAAAGAGUUUCGGGGGCACUCGUCGUUCGUGAAUGAGGCGGCAUUCUCACCCGAUGGCCAUCACGUGCUCAGUGCGUCCUCCGAUGGAACGGUAAAAGUUUGGUCGCUAAAGACAACGGAAUGCAUUUCAACGUUCAAGGCCCUGGGCACCCAUUUGGCCGUUAAUUCCGUAUUGAUUUUACCGAAAAAUCCGGAACACUUCGUAGUGUGCAAUCAUUCGAACACGGUAGUCAUCAUGAACAUGCAGGGUCAGAUCGUACGAUCCUUUUCAUCCGGUAAGCGAGAAGGCGGUGCAUUCAUCUGUGCCACCAUAUCGCCGAGAGGGGAGUUUAUCUACUGCGUCGGUGAAGAUCUGGUGCUCUACUGUUUUUCCGUCACCUCGGGAAAACUGGAACGUACGUUGAAUGUCCACGAAAAGGACGUUAUCGGUUUAACGCAUCAUCCGCACCAGAAUCUGCUAGCUACGUACGCAGGUGAUGGGCUGCUGAAAAUGUGGAAACCAUAAAUUUACGAUUUUCUAAUCGAAUUGAUAAGUAUAAUAAAGUAAUGAUCUA